AUGCCCCGCAAAGGCACCCAGCCAUCCACAGCCCGGCGCAGAGAAGAGGAGCCGCUGCCGUCUCCGGACGGUGCUAGCACCGACGCCGAGUCCGAGCCACUGCCGCCCGGCCGCACCGAGAGCCCGACUGCUGCCGCCGCAGAGACUCCAAGUGAGGAACUUGAUAAUAGGAGUUUAGAAGAAAUUUUGAAUAGCAUCCCUCCUCCACCACCUCCAGCAAUGACCAAUGAAAAACUCUCAGUACUAAUACAUAAUUCUGACGAACACAAGGAUAUUCAGAGUUGUACUGUAGAAGUUCAUUUUCAAAAGAUAAUUGAUAAGGAAGGAGAUGAUUAUGAAGUCAUUCCUAACAGUAACUUCUAUGUAUCCAGAACAGCCUACAGAGAUAAUACUUCCGUCUACCAUAUUAGUGGGAAGAAAAAGACAUUUAAAGAUGUUGGGAAUCUUCUUCGAAGCCAUGGAAUUGACUUGGACCAUAAUAGAUUUUUAAUCUUACAAGGUGAAGUUGAACAAAUUGCUAUGAUGAAACCAAAAGGCCAAACUGAACACGAUGAGGGUAUGCUUGAAUAUUUAGAAGAUAUCAUUGGUAGUGGACGGCUAAAUGAACCUAUUAAAGUCCUUUGUCGGAGAGUUGAAAUAUUAAAUGAACACAGAGGAGAGAAGUAUGAUCUCCAGAAAAGAAUUACUGAAAUGGAAACUCAAAAGGAAAAAAUUCAUGAAGAUACCAAAGAAAUUAAUGAGAAGAGCAAUAUACUGUCGAAUGAAAUGAAAGCUAAAAAUAAAGCUGUAAAAGAUGCAGAGAAGAAAUUGAACAAAAUUACAAAAUUUAUUGAAGAGAACAAAGAAAAAUUUACCCAGCUAGAUUUGGAAGAUGUUCAAGUUCGGGAAAAAUUGAAACAUGCUACAAGUAAAGCCAAAAAACUGGAGAAACAACUUCAAAAAGAUAAAGAAAAGGUUGAAGAAUACAAAAGUAUACCUGCCAAGAGUGAGCAUAUAAUAACUGAGACAACAAGUAGAAACACUGUCCUUGAGAAGGAGAAAGAGAAAGAAGAAAAAAAAUUAAAGGAAGUUAUGGAUAGCCUUAAACAGGAAACACAAGGGCUUCAGAAAGAAAAAGAAAGUCGAGAGAAAGAACUUAUGGGUUUCAGUAAAUCUGUAAAUGAAGCACGUUCAAAGAUGGAGGUAGCCCAAUCAGAGCUUGACAUCUAUCUCAGUCGUCAUAACACUGCAGUGGCCCAGUUGAGUAAGGCCAAGGAUGCUCUUAUUGCGGCUUCUGAGACUCUCAAAGAAAGGAAAGCUGCAAUCGGAGACAUAGAGGCAAAGCUCCCUCAAACUAUACAAGAAUUAAAAGAGAAAGAAAAAGAACUUCAGAAACUUGCACAAGAAGAAAUAAGCUUUAAAAGUUUGGUUCAUGAUCUUUUCCAAAAAGUUGAAGAAGCAAAGAGUUCUUUAGCAAUGAAUCGAAGUAGGGGGAAAGUCCUUGAUGCAAUAAUUCAAGAAAAAAAAUCUGGCAGGAUUCCAGGAAUAUAUGGAAGAUUGGGAGACCUAGGAGCCAUUGAUGAAAAAUAUGAUGUUGCUAUUUCAUCCUGUUGUCAUGCGUUAGACUACAUUGUUGUUGAUUCGAUUGACACAGCGCAAGAAUGUGUAAACUUCCUUAAAAGGCAAAAUAUUGGAGUUGCAACUUUCGUAGGUUUAGAUAAGAUGGCCAUAUGGGGGAAAAAAAUGUCCAAAAUUCAAACUCCUGAAAAUACACCUCGGUUAUUUGAUUUAGUAAAGGUAAAAGAUGAGAAAAUUCGCCAAGCUUUUUACUUUGCUUUACGGGAUACAUUAGUAGCUAACAACUUGGAUCAAGCCACAAGAGUAGCAUAUCAAAAAGAUCGAAGGUGGAGAGUGGUCACUUUACAGGGACAAAUCAUAGAACAGUCAGGUACAAUGACUGGCGGUGGAAGCAAAGUAAUGAAAGGAAGAAUGGGUUCAUCAGUUGUGGUUGAGAUCUCUGAAGAAGAGGUAAAUAAAAUGGAAUCACAGUUGCAAAGAGACUCUCAAAAAGCAAUGCAAAUCCAGGAACAAAAAGUACAACUUGAAGAAACAGUAGUUAAAUUACGGCAUAGUGAACGAGAAAUGAAGAAUACACUAGAAAAAUUUACUGCAAGCAUCCAGCGCUUGUCAGAACAAGAAGAAUAUUUGAAUGUGCAAGUUAAGGAGCUUGAAGCUAAUGUACGUGCUACAGCCCCUGACAAGAAAAAGCAGAAAUUGCUAGAAGAAAGUGUUAGUGCUUUUAAAACAGAAUACGACAGUGUGGCUGAGAGAGCUGGUACAGUAGAAGCUGAAGUUAAAAGGUUGCACAAUAUCAUUGUAGAAAUCAAUAACCAUAAACUCAAAGCCCAACAAGACAAACUUGACCAAAUAAAUAAGCAAUUAGAUGAAUGUGCUUCUGCUGUUACUAAAGCCCAAGUAGCAAUCAAGACUGCAGACAGAAAUCUUAAAAAGGCACAAGAGUCUGUCUUUCGCACAGAGAAAGAAAUAAAAGAUACCCAAAAAGAAAUAGAUGACUUAACAGUAGAGCUAAAAAGUCUUGAGGACAAAGCAGCAGAGGUUGUAAAGAACACAAAUACUGCAGAGGAGUCCUUACCACAGAUCCAAAAAGAACAUCGUAAUCUACUUCAAGAACUAAAAGUAAUUCAAGAGAAUGAGCAUGCUCUUCAAAAAGAUGCACUUAGUAUUAAGUUGAAACUUGAACAGAUAGAUGGUCACAUUGCUGAACAUAAUUCUAAAAUAAAAUAUUGGCAAAAAGAGAUCUCAAAAAUAUCAUUGCAUCCUAUAGAAGAUAAUCCUGUUGAAGAGUUUUCAGUUCUAAGUCCAGAAGAUCUUGAAGCAGUUAAAAACCCAGAUUCUAUAACAAAUCAAAUUGCGCUUUUGGAAGCCCAGUGUCACGAAAUGAAACCAAACCUUGGUGCUAUUGCAGAGUAUAAAAAGAAGGAAGAAUUAUAUUUGCAACGGGUAGCGGAAUUGGACAAAAUUACUUCUGAAAGAGAUCAUUUUAGACAAGCAUAUGAAGAUCUUCGGAAACAAAGGCUUAAUGAAUUUAUGGCAGGCUUUUAUGUAAUAACAAAUAAAUUAAAAGAAAAUUACCAAAUGCUAACUUUGGGAGGUGAUGCUGAACUGGAGCUUGUAGACAGCUUGGAUCCCUUCUCUGAAGGAAUCAUGUUCAGUGUCCGACCACCUAAGAAAAGUUGGAAGAAGAUUUUCAACCUUUCUGGAGGAGAGAAAACUCUUAGUUCACUGGCUCUAGUAUUUGCUCUUCACCACUACAAACCCACUCCUCUUUACUUCAUGGAUGAAAUUGAUGCAGCCCUUGAUUUUAAAAAUGUGUCUAUUGUUGCAUUUUAUAUAUAUGAACAAACAAAAAAUGCCCAGUUUAUAAUAAUUUCUCUUCGAAAUAAUAUGUUUGAGAUUUCAGAUAGACUAAUUGGAAUUUACAAGACAUACAAUAUAACAAAAAGCGUUGCAGUAAACCCAAAAGAAAUUGCAUCUAAAGGACUUUGCUAA